UUCCUGUCUCACUUUGUUUAAGCACAUCUCUGUAGAAGUCUCAAAGCCCUCUCCCCACUGUGUUCCUGGUAACAGAGCCCCAGGCCCUCCCAUAUAGACACACCUGUGGGAGAAACAGAGCGGAAGAAAGCCGAGGCCCGGCCAUUGCUGCAGGCUGGGGUCGCCGAGGGCUCUACCUCAGCAAGGCCACAAUGAACCCGAGAAUCUCUUUUAGGCACCUGCUCCUGGUGUUACAGCUGGUGCUACACCCACUACUCCUGGUAGUCACUGAGGGAAAGGAAGUGGUCCUGGGCAAAAAAGGGGAUAUAGCAGAGCUGCCCUGUGAAGCUUCACAGAAGAAUAACAAGCCUUCCUUCAGCUGGGAACACUCUAACCAGACCAAGAUUCUGGGAAAACUUUACCCCAACUCCUUCUGGACUACAGGUCUCUCCAAACUGAAAACACGCGUUGAAUCUAAAAAAAACCUGUGGGAACACGGAUCCUUUCCCCUAAUCAUCAAGAAUCUCAAGAUGGAAGACUCAGACACUUACUUCUGUAAAGUGGAGGACAAGAAGAAGGAGGUGGAAUUGCUGGUGUUCGGAUUGACUGCCAAGUCAGACACCCGCCUGCUGCAGGGGGAGAGCCUGACCCUGACCUUGGAGAGCCCCCGUGGUAGCAAUCCCUCAGUGCAAUGUAAGAGUCCAGGCAAUAAAAAGAUAAAGGGGGUCAGUGUCCUCUCAGUGUCUGCAGUGGAGCCCCAGGAUAGUGGCUCCUGGGCGUGCACUGUCUCCCAGGACCAGAAGACACUGGAGUUCAAGAUAAACAUCGAGGUGCUGGCUUUCCAGAGGGCCGCAAGCACCAUUUAUAAGAAAGAGGGGGAGCAGGUGGAGUUCUCCUUCCCCCUCACCUUCAAGGUGGAAAGCCUGGAGGGUGAGCUAAGGUGGCAGGCAGAGAGGGCUUCCUCGUCUAAGCCCUGGGUCACCUUCUUCUUGAAGAACAAUAAGGUGUCCGUGAAAGGGGUUGCCCAGGACCCCAAGCUUCAGAUGGAUGAGAAGCUCCCACUCCACUUCACCCUGCCCCAGGCCUUGCCUCAGUAUGCUGGUUCUGGAAACCUGACCCUGGUUCUUACCAAGGGAAAGCUGCAGCAGGAAGUGAAGCUCCUGGUGAUGAGAGUGACUCAGCUCCAUAACAAUUUGACCUGUGAGGUGCUGGGACCUACCUCCCCUGAGAUGAUACUGAGCUUGAAGCAAGAGAAUCAGAAACCAAAGGUCUCAAAGAAGGAGAAGGCUGUGUGGGUGCUGGACCCCGAGGCAGGGAUGUGGCAAUGUCUACUGCGUGAUGCAGACCAGGUCCUACUGGAAUCCAAGGAGGAGGUUUUGCCUUCACAGUUCAUCCAGAUCCAGCCAAUACUCCCGAUAGUGCUGGGGGGCACUGCAGGCCUGCUUUUCAUUGGCUUCCUCAGCAUCUUCUGUGUGUGCUGUGUCAGACACCGAAGGCUCCCCUUCCUUCCACCUCCAAGGGGCAUCUCCCUUAUGGAGGCCUGGGAUCCUCAUGACUCCCCUCCUUGUCCCUGGACAGCGCCAGACAGAGCGGAAGUCUCAGAUCAAGAGACUCCUAAGUGAGAAGAAGACAUGCCAGUGUGUCCACCGGUUCCAGAAGACACAUAACCUCAUUUGAGGCCCAAGGCCAGAGGCGCUGCCCAUUCAGCAGUCUCCCCAGCUGUAUGCCUGUGCUUCCUGCUUGGGGCCUGUGGACCAGAUGAAUGUAGCAGAUCCCAAGACUCUGGCCUCCUGCUCCCCUCGUCUACAAUUGGACCUUGUUUUUCCUCUUCUGUUGCCAACCCCUGGGUGAAGCCCCAACCUCACUGGCUGAAUCUUGCUCUCAAUUUUCCAGAGACUUAAUCAUAACAUUCCUUUUUGUCCAA